AAUUUCAUACCUUGGUUAACAAAUUCGUUAAUAAAAAAAAACUGUCAAAUGAUGACGUGGCGGUUAAUGGCUGACAUGGCUGUUAUAUGAUGAUGUGCCCCCAUUGGGAUCCCACAAAAAUUCCACAUGGGUACAUAAAACAAAAAACUUUUCCCUAAUUAUAAAAAGAAGACGAGAAUGUCAGUCAAAUUCUCGACCCAAGCAGUCAAUCCCAUCUGCAGCACUGAGUUCUGAUGGGGGCCCCAGUCGUGUGACUUGACCAAGGCGAUGAUAAUGGAGCGGCAGGGGAUCAACGAUGAUUUCGCUGACCUGGCGGAUGACGACGACGACGACUGCAAGGGUGAGUUUCUGCCGCCGGAUGAGUGGUGGCCGUGGCGAGAGGGUCUGGGCUUAAUUGGCGUGGGGAGGACAGUCAAAGAGCCACAUAAAGGCAAUGCUUCAGUUAGCUCAACUCCUCCACCACAGAGGUUUUCAUAUAACCUUUGUCAACACAGAGUUCAACCACAGGCGCUUUCUUAAAUCUCUUGGACCCAACUCUCUUGAUCACUUUCCUGAUUUUCGGUUUGAAACUAUUCCAGAUGGCCUUCCGAGUUCAGAUGAAAAGGACUCCCAAGACACCACUUUGGUCUUUAAAUCCGUCAGAAAACAUUUAUUGGCUCCGUUCCGUAACCUCCUCAACAAACUGAAUGGCAAUAUAAAUCUUCCGGUGACUGGCAUUGUCUCGGAUGGCUUCCUGACAUUCACCAUCACAGUUGCCAAAGAACUUGAAAUUCCUAUAGCGCAGUUCUUUACUUUGGCCGCAGUUGGAUUCAUGAGCUUCAAAAUAUUUCCCACUUUGGUGGAAAAAGGAUUUGCACCCCUUAAAGAUGAGAGCUGUAUGACAAAUGAAUUUUUGGACACGGUAAUAGACUGGGUUCCGGGAGUGAAACAUAUCCGUUUAAGGGAUCUUCCAGGUAGCUGGAAAACUACAAACCCCGAUGACUUCAAGUUUAACUUUGCCUUAGAAGCAGUGGAGGGAGCUCAUAAAGCUACGGCAGUUAUUGUUCAUACUUUUGAGGCAUUGGAGCCAGAUGUUUUGGAAGCUCUAUCCAGUACUACAUCUAUGCUUCCACCUGUUUACGCCAUUGGCCCUCUCCAAUUACUUCUCAAUCAGAUACCGGAACACCGUUUGAAGUCUUUGGGAUACAGUUUACGGAAAGAAGAAACUGAGUGUCUCCAAUGGCUAAAUGGUAAGGCACCAAACUCAGUUGUGUAUGUAAACUUUGGAAGUGUAGUGGUCAUGACAUCUCAACAUCUCAUUGAGUUUGCUUGGGGACUUGCAAAUAGCAAGCUUUCAUUUUUGUGGGUUAUUAGACCUGAUUUGGUUGCUGGUGAAUCUGCGAUUUUACCAAUCGAGUUUGUGGCUGAAACAAAGGAAAGAGGUCUUAUAGCAAGUUGGUGCCCACAAGAGAAAGUUCUUAACCAUCCAUCAGUCGGAGCAUUUUUAACACAUAGCGGUUGGAAUUCAACGAUGGAGAGUAUUUCCGCAGGAGUGCCUAUGCUCUGUUGGCCAUUAGUUGCUGACCAGCGGAUCAACUGUCGCUAUACUUGCUAUGAGUGGGGUAUUGGCAUGGAGAUCAGUAAUGAUGUGAAGAGAGACGAAGUACAGAAACUCGUUGAAGAGUUAAUGGUAGGAGAAAAGGGUAAGGAAAUGAAAAAUAAGGUCAUGGAGUGGAAGAGACUAGCAAAAGUGGCCGCUGGUUCACUUGGUUCUUCGCCCAUAACCUUAGACAAAUUAGUGUAUCAAGUGCUACUAAGCAAAGGGAAUCUCUUGCAAUUUUUUCAAGUGGUGCAAUGAGCAUACUGCGGCAUGUAGGCAUUCAGCUGCUGCUGGUGUUCAAUGUGGUGGUGCCAAGGUGACCUAUGGUUCAAGUGAGACAAACGUCGAAGCCAGCUCUGGUGUAAGACGCAGUUCUUGCUUCUCUAGUUCAGUUCCUUCGAAAGAAUGCUCAGAUUGAAUUUGGAGGCAGUCAGCUGCUUCAACAACCACUUGCUGUUAGUGCGGCAAGCUCAGGAGCGAUGUGUGAGGGACCGCCUGCCCUUCUGGUUAAUAUGCAAUCUGCUAAUGAAACUCAUUGAUUUCUUGACUUCAAUGCAUGUGUGCUGGAAAUGUGCAAGACUAGUUGUUUCCUUAAUAUGAGAGACUAGUUCUUUCUCCCCUGUGAAUAUUGUACAAGAAAUUUGUGGAAUGAGUAAACAGGACUUGAGGCCCUUUUUUCUGUGGCCCUUACUUCUGGAUCUAUAGAAAUUGCUUGUUUUUUUUUUUUGGCAAUAAUAGAAUUACUUGUUUGAACUUC